AAGUUUAAUUUAUUAAUUGUAUUUAGUCUCUGAUGGAAGUCAAUGUAAAAUCUUCUCAAGAAUUAGAAAAUAUUGAAAUAAUGCAACAGAUGGAAUUGAUAAGUAACCAUGUAACGCACACAAAUGAAAUCCGCAUGACAAUUCAAUCAGACAUUGAUUCUUUUAAUAUUUUGUAUUCUGAAUGUUCUAAGUGUACUCAACAUCUACAACACAUGAGAAAUCAAAGAAUGAACAUUCCUCAAGGACCCGAAAUUGAACGUAAAUUAAAACAGGAAAAAGAAUUGUACGAAGGACAACUAAAGACUCAAUCAUUAAGUCUUAACAAUGCUCUUUGUGUCUACAUAAACAAACUAAAUGAAUCAUUAAAUUUGCUCAGUCCUGUUCAAGCUCAUAUUAUUGAUAAGGCUUUAAUUCAAUGGAAACGCGAACAACAGUUGGCUGGUAAUGGAUAUAAAUACAUGAAAGAUAUAGAUGUCAUACAAACUUGGUGUGAGAAAUUAUGUGAUCUAAUAUGGAUAACUCGUUCACAAAUUAAAGAAGCUGAUCGUUUCAGAGUGAAUUUGGGCCGUUAUUUUGAAUUACCUCAGUCAUGUGAAAUAAUUAAUACACUUCUUGAUAUGACAACACAGUAUCUUUCAUCGCUAGUGGCAAGUACCUUUGUUAUCAUAACUCAACCACCUCAAGUAUUAAAAACUAAUACAAGAUUUGUAGCUGAAGUUCGUCUAUUAAUUGGAGGAAAACUCAAUAUUCAUAUGACAUCACCUGUGGUAUGAAACAAUUUUUUUAUAUCUAUUUCAAUAGCUCCAUUUUAGAUUCUGAGGAAAGAAAUGAAUAUAUUGAUUUUACAAUGGUGUGUGUUUUUUUUAAAUUUGUGUCUGUACACGGUAAGUAAUCAAAAUAAUGCUGCGAUUGUCAACUUCCGUUAAUUAUUUCCUGUAGAAAAAUGAAUUUAGUUGGUGUAUUCUGGUGAUCAAAAAGGUUAAAAUUCCCAGUAAUUUCUUAAGAAUAUGUUCAUGUACAUAAUUUGUUUUAAAUAGUGACUUUUGACCAUUGUAAUGUUAGAAAAAAGCAUUUAUUGUCAGGUGGAAAGUAAUUUUCCAACGCUUCAACUGGCUUUUUAACAUCUAAAUUUUCAGUGUAGGGGUGACAAAAAAUAAUUUUACUAAAUAUUGAUAGGUUAGUUCUAUGAAAUAGUGACUGCAAAUGACAAAUUUGUGUGAAGUGAAGAUGUUAAGAAAAAAAGUAUGUUUGUUUUUUUUUAAAUCCGUAUUUGUUUUGAGGAGGCUACUCUGCCAUGUGCUGUCUCCAUCUUACAAAUGGGCAUAGCCCAUUCGGCUCCCAAUUUUCCUAAACGGCUCCCGUUUUCAAAAAGGU